AUGUCUUCCAUUGUUGGCUUGAACGAUGGUGCGGAUGAACAGAACAAGUGGGUGCGUGUGUUGAAGGAUGUGGAGGAGGUCUGUGUGAGACAGGGUGGGCGGCGAAGGAGCGAUGCUGCCGAUGUGCUUCGCAACCGCAUCAACAAUGAAAUGCCGGCCCCGGAUGCAUCUGUUCCUGGUGAACUUUUGGGUCGUGAAGGAGCCCAAGAGAGGCGAACAUUUCAAAAAAUUCGGAGAAUUCAGAAGAUUGCCCGUGGCACGGCUGAAAAUGAGCGGAAUGUGGAAUCAGCCAUGUUCCAAGUCAAACCUUCCAAGUUGGUUGUUCCGACCAGAGACGAACCGCUGUCGAUGUUUGAUCCGGCCACCUGGGGCAUGUCGUUUCCGGACUUGUUUCCAUGGGGUGAUGGCUUGCCUUUUUUGAAGCGUGAAGCCAACAUGGAUGCAACAGAAGUGUUUCGAUAUUUGUUGCUUCGGGAAGAACUGCAUUACAGUGAGGGUGAUGCCCUGUUGCCAAGAUGGUCGCUUUCAGAGACGUUGCUUCCAGUGAUGUACGACGUGCAGCGUCGAUUACAGUUGAUGCGUGCGACGAAAGCGCAUGUGAUGCGUCGUGGCUUUGGCAAACAUUGUCGUGUUAUCUCUGAAGUCAACACGGACCAAUUGCUCAAGGCAAUGGCAUUGCAUGGAGACAAUGCGGACCUCAGGGAGUUGCUGCGAGAUCCGCAGGUGGAUGUGGCCUUGAAGCGAGCAUUGGGAGGAGUGCUUCAGGCAACUUCGAGCAUCAUUGGCAUGGAAGGGCACCGCAGCCAGAUCCGGUUGCGUGGUCAUGCGGCUGGGUGGCAUUAUGGUUCUGCGCAUUUGUUCGUCACGCCCAACAUCGCAGAUAUGCGCUCGUCCUUGCUACUUCAAUUGCACCUGCAGAAUGUCAAAGUGGAAGAGUGCAAAAUUGAUUUGGACUGGGAGGCGGAGAUGCCCGAAUUGCCCAGCGCAGCUGCUAUGCGACGGAUUGUCGCGAGCGAUCCCGUCGCUCAAGCGCGUUGCUUUGCCUUGAUGAUGGAUUUGUUCUGUGAGGAGGUGUUGGGCAUUCUUCCACCUUUGGCCAAGGGAAUUUUUCGUGUGGGCGUGGCAGCGACCUUCGAGGAUGGCAUUGCGAGUUCUCUGCAGGGAGGUGUUUUCGGUGAUAUUGUGGCGUUGAAUGGCCCGUUGGAGACUCAGGGUCGUGGUUCUUUGCACCCUCACAUGCUUAUUAUAUUGCUGGGACACGACUUGGGAGAUCGCUUGCGGAAACUGAUGCAUCGGGUGCAGCAUGGUGAGCUGGUCGUUGAGUUGCAGCGGUGGAGUCGUCGUGUUUUGGAGGCUGUGCAGCGCUUUCAGUAUGAUUCUCAAUUGGCCUUGUCGGAGCAGUUGAGCAGUCCGACACAGCCACUGCCUCUGAAUGAACGUCAGCGAUCAGAAUGCGGUCACCAGUAUGAAUCCGCGCCUUUGGUGCCUACGGAGCCGGAUGGACACGAAUUGGAAGCCUUGAAGUUGGGCGGAUCCGUGGCUGGCAAGGUUUUGACAUUGACCGGAUGCUAUGCUUCUUUGCGACCCAAGUAUCUGCGACGCAGUGAACGUUCUGCGGGAGAUGGUCUUGAGUGGAAGAAAAAAUUCUGUGAGGAUUACAGACGUUUGGUGAUCCAGAAAGCCGUGAAGGGCAAACGUGGGUGUCGCUUUGGUUGCUUUCACGUUGAAAUGAUUCUGGGCAAGGAGGACAAGCCGAAAGCGUUAUGCCGGAAAGGUUGGCCUCGAGUUGCGAAAGCAGGUUUUUCUCGGUUGCAAUAUGAGACAGUAGAUUUGAAGGAGGUUGAAGAGUUCAAAAACGAAAACCCGCAUGUGUUUCAAGCUCGGCGUGAUCACCCUUUGAAGGGAUGUCGAACCCGGUGGCGCAAGCAGUGA